AUGGCAAUCCCCCUCUCAUCCCUCCAGACUAUCCCGCUCGCCUACGCCUCAUGUUCAAUCGGCUGCGGACCUACCGACACACUCCCGCGCCGCCUCGAAGCAAUCAGCGCAGCAGGCUUCACCGCGAUAGAACUUUCCUUCCCUGAUAUUCUGGACUACGGCAUGCAGCUGACCGGCCACGCAAUUGGCUCAGAGGACUAUGCUCAGAUACUGCCUGUUGCAGCCGAAAUUCGCAAACUAUGCAAGGCCAACGGAUUGAGCAUCAUGAUGUUACAACCGUUCUCCAAUUUCGAGGGCUGGAUCAGGGGCUCCAUGGAUCGAAAAGAGGCAUUUGCUAGAGCGACAGGCUGGAUGGAGAUUAUGAAUGUUGUGGGUACAGAUUUGUUGCAGGUCGGAGCAACCGAUACACCAGAGCCGACUAUCACUAUUGAGCGCGACGCCAUCAUCUCCGAUCUACGCUCGCUAUCUGACCUUCUCGCAAAACGCAAAUACCGCCUCGCCUAUGAAAAUUGGUGCUGGUCAUCUCAUGCGCCGAGCUGGAAGAAUGUCUGGGAGAUUGUGAAAGCAGUCGACCGCCCGAAUUGCGGAUUGUGUUUGGACACGUUCCAAACUGCAGGGAGCGAAUGGGGCGACCCAACGACUAAGUCAGGGCUCAUUGAGGAGGUUUCAGAGAGCGAGUUACGGAAGCGCUUUGAGGCAAGUAUGGAUGAGCUUGCGACGACGGUGCCGGCGGAUAAGAUUUAUCUUCUUCAAAUCUCGGAUGCGUAUAAGGUGGAGCCGCCGUUGGAAGAUAAGACUAUUGGGAAGCUCCGGCCUCGGGGGAGGUGGAGUCAUGACUAUAGGCCUAUGCCUUAUGAUGGUGGAUACUUGCCCAUUGAGGAUGUUGCGAGGGCGGUGUUGAAGACUGGGUUCCGAGGUUGGUUCUCUAUGGAAAUUUUUGAUAGUGGGCCGGCAGGGAAAGGGAAGAAGUACGAAAUGGGGCCUUUUGCGACCAAGGCCAUGGAUAGUAUGCAGAAGCUUUUGAGAAAUUGUGCGACAGACUAA